GUAUGUUCCUUUAAGAUGCAAAUUAUUAUGGGUACAACUUGAGGAAUAAGGCUCCUCUCCUCUUUUUACCCGGUGGAAAACCCACAGAACGCUCGUUUUUAAAAGUCCAGCCUCCAGCCGCCAAACGAACCGGUGCACGUACUGGAGGCAGAAGGGAGAGGCUCGGCAGCGCCGAGGCGCUUUUAAGUCUGAGAGUUCCUUCCACGAACCAGAGAGUCAACUGAAUCCAGGCGCCCACGGGGCGGAGCAAAGCGGUCGCGGGGCGGAGCUAGUAGCGGCCCCACCCCCGGGCGCCCGGAAGUGACGUGUACGGACAAAGGCAGCGCGCGCCGCGAGGUGUCGCGUUUGUCCGCGGUCUGACCGAGCUGGCUGUGGGCUUCUGGGGUGUUCGCUGCCGCCCUCCCUUCGUCUUCCUCGUCUUCGUCCUCUUCUCCCGGGUUCCGGGAGCCCCCGCCCGGGGAGGCACUGCUGCCGAGUGUGGUGCCUGAGCCCAGUCGGCUGGUGACAGCAUGACAAGUGAGGUGAUAGAAGAUGAGAAACAGUUCUAUUCAAAGGCCAAGACGUACUGGAAGGAAGUCCCGCCCACCGUGGACGGCAUGCUCGGGGGGUACGGCCACAUCUCCGGCAUCGACAUCAGCAGCUCCCGGAAGUUCCUGCAGAGGUUCCUGCGGGAAGGCCCGGACAAGACGGGGACCUCCUUUGCCCUGGACUGCGGAGCCGGCAUCGGCAGGAUCACCAAGCGGCUGCUCCUGCCGCUCUUCGGAGUGGUGGACAUGGUGGACGUGACGGAAGACUUCCUGGUCAAGGCCAAGACCUACCUGGGGGAGGAGGGCAAGAGGGUGAGGAACUACUUCUGCUGUGGCCUCCAGGACUUCAGCCCCGAGCCCGACUCCUAUGAUGUCAUCUGGAUCCAGUGGGUGAUAGGUCACCUGACCGACCAGCACCUGGCUGCCUUCCUGCGGCGCUGCAAGCAGGGCCUGCGCCCCAAUGGCAUCAUCGUCAUCAAGGACAACAUGGCCCAGGAGGGCGUGGUCCUGGACGACGUGGACAGCAGCGUGUGCCGGGGCCUUGAGGUGGUCCACGGGAUCAUCCGUAGCGCGGGCCUCAGCCUCCUAGCCCAGGAGCGCCAGGAGAACCUUCCGGACGAGAUCUACCACGUCUACAGCUUGGCACUGAGAUGAGCAGCGGCCGGCAGGAGCAAGGGACCAGCGUGGGGUGGGGGUGGGGCCCGGCAGGCGGGCAAGACCCAGGCUCCACAACGGGGGCACCGAGCAAGGCCUCAAUACACCCGCAUGCCAUCCUCAUGAGACUUGUUCACAAGGCAUGAUGGGACCCUGUGGGGAAGGGCGCGGCCGGAUGGAGCAGGGGGGCCGGAGUCCGGCUCUGCUGCCCUGAGGGGCAGGGGCCCGGCGCAGACCCAUGUGACUCCCGGGCCCCUGAGAGUCCCUGGAUCGCCCUUACCACCGCCUGGCCUUCCGGUCACAGGCCCGACGCCUGGAGAGUAACUCUUGGCCGUUGAGGACUUUUCCCAGGGCGGGAGGAGAGGGGCCGGGCAGCGGGGCCUAUGGCCAUCUGUGCCUUCGCAGCGCCUCCUGCCGCUGCUGGGGGCAUUCGCGUUCCGAGUCCUGCUUGGUGACGGAGCCCUGGUGUCCCUAACAUGAUGGUCACAACAGUCUAUGGCGAGGGGCGGCUGUAGCCUCACUCCAGGCUGUGCCUUGCGGCGGCUUCUUGGUGAAUUUUCAAAAGUCACAAAAUAAAAGGGUGAACCCCGUUACCGGGAA